AUGACGUUUCCUCCGGCCUGGAAUCGAAAGCGACGGCCCUCUGACCUUUCUCAGCCUCCUGCCACCUGCGCUCGCUCGUUCAACGCACGAAUCUCCAAGAAAUCAAAGCUAAAUCAUGUCUUUGACGGCCCGGGCUCACCCUCGGUGGACUCCACAGGCACUGGACAAUCGAAGGUUAGCGUGAAAGAACAGCUCAAGAAGAGGGUCAAGGCGAUGUUGAGCAUGGGUGAAAGAAGCAGUCUUCAACACAACACUGAUGCUAUGUACUCUUUGACACAAGCCACACACUCUGCGUACAUGCUUGCCAAUGGCUCCAACACCACGACAGUGCACAAACCAUUGAAGAUCCGCGUGACGGCCAUGCCUCAUGUUGAUGGAGGAGAUCAAGACGCCACGUCAGUCUCGGAUCUCAGCAAAAGUGCCCCUGUGACUCCGGGUGGUCACAACAGACUUAAAGAAGACGAGUACAACUUCUCUAGCUCCAUGGAUGCUAGCAAGCGGAGCCAUUCUGCUCCUGGGCUGCAGCGUCGUGUCAGUCAAAGAUUCCGAGAAGCGUUUGGCAAAGGUAACUGCACUGUCGUCAAGAGAGCCAACAUGCGCUCUAGGCGUAGCGUACAAACACUGGCGAUUGAGUCUGCAGCAGCAACAUCGUCGCAGCUUUCGCCGACGUCAUCUAUCAUCAAUAGUGUCAACAGCUACUGGGAAACCCAUACCAACACGUCGACUCCACUAACUUCUAAUCCAUCAACGCCACAGUCCGUUGUUCAUCGUGCUAGCGUGGACUCAUUCGACGCUGAGAGACAUCCGAUCGUGACAGAAAGUCGAUUGUUGACUCCAAUCCCAGAGACCACCAGUCUCUCCAUCCUCUCUAUCAAAACAGUCGAAGCCACUGCGACGGCGAAGAUGUACCUGGAGCUGCACUUCAAUUCUUUGUUGAACCGCACACCUACCAGGGAUCUUCGCCAUCGAGACCUAGAAAAGAUGAUCAAGGAACGUCACUUGCCUCUCGAGAGUCAAAGCCGAGCUCGGAAGACUUGGGAGAAGGCCGAAAGUGACAAUCUACGUCAGGUCCGCGCCCUCAAGACCACAACGAACCAAGCCAAAGCAAGCAGAGGCAUCAGUCCCGGUGGCUUCACCACCAUCAGUGUCCUCGGCAAAGGGAGCUUCGGGAUUGUCCGACUUGUUAAAGGUCCGGGUAGCAAAGAUGAGGGCGGAGCUACUGAGGGCAAGUUGAUAGGAAAGUUGCCUGCCAAUAAGCCUUCGCGAUCAAAUCUGAAGUCGUCGUUUUUGAGCAGGCGACGAAGUUCUGCCCAGCCAAAGAUGGAAGUGUGCGCAAUGAAAGUCAUACGCAAGUCCGACAUGAUCCGGAACAGCCAAGAGGGACACCUCCGGGCGGAGCGUGAUUUCCUCGUCGCAGCAGAGGGGUCCAGAUGGAUCGUCCCAUUGAUUGCUGCCUUCCAGGAUUGGAGACACUUGUAUCUGGUCAUGGAAUACUGCAUCGGAGGUGAUUUCCUAGGAUUGCUCAUCCGAAAGAAUGUUCUCAGUGAAGAUACAACCAAGUGGUAUGUCGCCGAGAUGAUUCUUUGCGUCGAGGAAGCCCAUCGUAUGAAAUGGAUUCACCGCGAUGUCAAGCCGGACAAUUUUCUGAUAGCCUGGGAUGGGCAUCUGAAAAUCUCCGACUUCGGUCUCGCGUUCGAUGGGGAAUGGUCGCACGAUCAACGAUUUUAUCAUCAGACCCGUCAAUCACUGUUGGAAGAGUUGGGCGUCAACGUCGAUGGCGACGAGCAGGACAAGCAAGAGAAGCAAGCACAAUCACACCAUACCGGCAAGAGACGUGGUAAGGAGGAUUCCAUGUCUAACGGGAAUCCUGCAAUUGGCGAGCCCAUUUUGGAUUUCCGCAACCGGUCUCAACGUCGCAAAAUGGCCCGAUCCGUCGUUGGCACUUCGCAAUACAUGGCCCCUGAAGUUAUUCGUGGCGAAAUGUACGAUGGCCGGUGCGACUAG